AUAGCCAUAUUGAGAAGAAUCAUCGAUGAACUCAAACUUGCUAUGCCUCCUUUCAGGAGUGGUGUUUCUCACCACUUCUACCUUUGCAGAUUAUUAUCAACCUCCUACUUCUAAGCCUCCAGUAGAAAAACCACCUAUUUAUAAGCCUCCUACUAAGAAGUCACCCACUUAUAAACCUCCAGUCAAAAAACCACCUGUUUAUAAGCCGCCAGUUGAAAAACCUCCUGUUCAUAAGCCACCAGUUGAGAAGCCACCUGUGUACAAACCACCAGUUGAGAAGCCACCUAUGCACAAGCCCCCAGUACAAAAACCUCCUGUUUACAAGCCACCAGUUGAGAAACCACCUGUGUACAAGCCGCCAACUAAGAAACCACCUGUCUUCAAGCCACCAGUUCACAAGCCUCCAGUUAAGAAACCUUCAGUGUACAAGCCCCCAGUGGAGAAACCUCCUGUUUACAAGCCACCGGUUGAGAAACCACCUGUGCACAAGCCACCAGCUGAGAAACCACCCGUCUACAAACCACCAGUUAACAAGCCCCCAGUUGAGAAACCUCCUGUUUAUAAGGCCCCAGUGGAGAAACCUCCUGUUUACAAGCCUCCAGUUGAGAAACCACCCAUGUACAAGCCACCAACUGAGAAACCACAUGUCUACAAGCUACCAGUUAACAAGCCUCCAAUUGACAAACCUCCUGUGUACAGGCCCCCCGUGGAAAAACCACAUGUUUACAAAUCACCAGUUGAGAAACCACCAGUUAAAAAGCCCUCAGUUGAGAAGCCUCUGGUGAAAAAACCACCUAUUUACAAGACACCAGUUGAGAAACCACCUGUGUAUAAGCCGCCGGUUGAGAAACCACUUGUGUACAAACCCCCAGUUGAGAAGCCUCCUAUUUAUAAGCCACCAGUUGAAAAGCCACCAUCUUAUGGUCAUUAG